CACGGACGCAUCCCGCUAGCAGGACUUGGAGGAGGACUCUCGUUCCCGUUCUGCUCCUGCUCUGAUCCCGGGUCUUUGUCUCCCGGCGGUGAGAAGACCACCCGCACGGGAGGAAAAGAGAGCAAUAACCACUUUCUGCGUUUUCUAUAGUCUGAGAAAGCGAAUCGGGAUUGGACACUUUUUUUCUUGGAGGGGGAUUUUAUUUCUCGCAUCUGUUUUUGGAGCGCGCACUGCUAUACGUCUUUGUUUUCCUCCAAUGGAUUUUAAUACAGUGGAAAUACCCUGGGAAUUAAAGUACUGUUAAGUUGCUUUUUAGAUUUUCAAUUUUGUUCCCAAUAAGGGCUUGUGUUUCACAUGGAGAGGAAGACGAUGAUCCUCCCAGUACUGUAUGUCCUCCUGCCUCUUUUGGAUGUGUUGUGUUACGCGGAGGAGAACCUGCGUGCAGGUCGGCUGGACUGUGUCCGGGCCAGCGAGCAGUGCCUGAAGGAGCAAGGAUGCAGCACCAAGUACCGGACCAUGAGGCAGUGCGUGGCCGGCGGCAAGGAGAGCAACUUCAGCAUGGUGGCCGGCCUGGAGGCCAAGGACGAGUGCCGGAGCGCCAUGGACGCCCUGAAACAGAGCCCGCUGUACCACUGCCGGUGUAAACGGGGCAUGAAGAAGGAGAAGAACUGCCUGCGCAUCUACUGGGGGAUCUAUCAGACAUUACAAGGUAACGACUUCUUGGAAGAUUCUCCGUACGAACCCGUGAACAGCCGUCUCUCUGACAUCUUCCGCCUGGCUCCCAUCAUAGAGGGUGGGGAACCUUGGAGCGGCUCGGCCACUUCAGCUCCAGGACGGGGGGGCAUCCCGGGCCGAGGGAGCCCCUCCUCCACCGACCUGCAGGAUCCCAGUAGAAACAGGAGGGCUCAUCCAAAUUGGGCCAUACUGGGUGAGCCAGCAGUGGCCAGAGAGAAUAACUGUCUGAACGCGGCGAAGGCCUGCAACUUGAACGACACGUGUAAGAAGUACCGCUCGGCCUACAUCAGCCCGUGCACCAGCCGGGUUUCCACCGCUGAGGUCUGCAACAAGAGGAAGUGCCACAAGGCCCUGCGGCAAUUCUUUGACAAGGUUCCUCCCAAGCACAGCUAUGGCAUGCUGUACUGCUCUUGUCCGGUGAGCGAUCAGACGGCCUGCUCUGAGCGCCGGCGGCAGACCAUCGUCCCCGUCUGCUCGUACGAAGAGAAGCAGAAACCAAACUGUCUGGAACUGCAGGCGUCCUGCAAGACCAACUACAUCUGCAGGUCACGACUGGCUGACUUCUUCGUCAACUGUCAGCCGGAGCCCCGCUCGCUGUCCGGCUGCCUGAAGGAGAACUACGCCGACUGCCUGCUGUCCUACUCCGGUCUGAUCGGUACGGUGAUGACUCCCAACUACCUGCGCUCUCCCAAGAUCAGCGUCUCUCCGUACUGCGACUGCAGCAACAGCGGCAACAACAAGGACGAGUGUGACAAGUUCACCGAGUUUUUCACAGAGAACACCUGCCUCCGUAAUGCCAUCCAGGCGUUUGGGAAUGGGACAGAUGUGGGCGUUUGGCAGCCGAUGUCCCCCGUCCAGACCACCACCUCCACCACCACCCCCUACCAGAGGAACCGCGAGCGCAACCCCAACACCAUCGACAACAGCAUCAACACAGACCCCGGCAUCUACCACUUCUGUGGCAGCCUGCAGGCUCAGAAAUUGAAGUCAAACUCAACAGUCGACGGCGUCUUCUGUGUGGACCCUCAGAUUGAUAAUCCCAGCACAUCCAACGCCAUCCUGAGGAACUCUGCCGUCUCCAGACGGGGCGCCUCCUCUCUGCUGCCCCCGCUGCUGAUGCUGUGGUACUGCAGCCUGCGGGCGCUAUCCUCGCAUCACGUCUUGUAGCCUCGACGCUUCACAGCAAACACAGCGGACUGACAAAAACACACAUUUGUAUAAAAGAAAAAGCAAAAUGAUAUCCUUUCUCCUCAGUCGAAACCUGUUGUAAUAUGAUUUCCUCUGGAUUCUCUCUUUGAUUCCUGCUUUGUUUUUUAUGAUGUUUUCUUUGCAUUGCAGCGGUGUGCUAAAGCGGUGAUCUGUACGUGUUCAGUUUGGCUGUGUGUUCCCUUUAGGUUAGAUGAAAAUAAAAGGGAUUUAAAGCUUACGUUUCUGCUCUCUUGCGCAGAAAGACCUAAUACCCCAGGACUACAUUCCAAUAAACUUCAGCUGGUAACUUUGGAAAGGAACAAUGUAAAUUAGCACUGAUUUUCAGAGUCAGUUCUCCCUCGUCUGUUUGUGUGUUGAGGCUAUCGGUGGGAUCUUUCGCUCAAAAGUCAGUCAGUUCAGUAACGGCUAUAUUUUAUCACUUGGGCAGCUUUUAGGUGUUCUUCAGUCUCCUCUGUGGUUUGCGUUUGUUUUGAUAAUGAUGUGAUCUGGUGUUUCACAUUUCUAUGAAAGACUCCACGUGGAUAUUUACCUGAGAAAAACCUAAAUACAGGGUGAACACCGAUAACUAUCUGCGCCCAGACCGUGAUCACGGUAGCUCAUACUGAACACACAUCGCCACUGGCUAAAAGCACACAAGCAAAGACCCACAAACACACACUGCACAUGUUCACACACUCAGACAAAAACACGCGGAAACACACAGGCUUUCUUUGUUUUACACCAGAGGUCACAGGACAGUACGCUGCUGUGGAUAUCUGAAUCCACUCAUUAGUGAUUGUACAGAACUUGUAAUUGUUAGAAGUCCAAGCCAUGUUCAGUGUUUCUCUAUGGACAGAGGAGCUGCUGCAGUUUCACCUGAAUGAGUUCUUUUGUUUUUGAUGUACUUUGCUGCACUGCGUCCACAAAGACGAGAGCUGAGGAAAAAAAUAGGCUUAUUGUUGUCGAGAAUAUUCAACGGUAACUCACACCUCCAUCCCGCUCAAAGCUCAAAGCUUCAUUUUCUGUCAGUUCAGUGUUAGGACUUGUUGCCUCAAUAAUGAAACUGUCAACACGUGUUGUGGGGAGGGAGCGAUUACCUGGUGUUGAACAUUUGCUAAACCCCAUCCUACCUUACUUUACUGUCACUGCAACUACUGGGUUUUAUAUCUAAUGUUUGCAAUAGAAAUAAACUGUGGCGGAACUGAUAUUACAUUCAGGAGUAAUUGGCCUUUCAUUUCAAUUGAAGACAAAGCAAACUUCUAAAUCUCAGCUACUGAACAUAUAUUUUGAGGGCUGAAAGGAAACUGUAGCUUUCUAACACACUUUAAAACGUUAAUGGAAACCUUCUCCAGGAUGACUUGUUUAAAAUAUGAACCCUAUCUCAAGUUUUAUUGUAUGCAAACCUUGUGACCCCACCAGAAUAUGUAGUUAGCUACCAUCUACUCCUUGGCUUUGGUUGUACUGUAGCUCGAGUGCUAAUGGAUUCGGCUAGGUGUGCUAACACUAGCUAGCAGUAGCUCGCAGCUCCAAACUCAUUCCUUUCACUUUUGCUUCUUUUUUAAUUAUUAUUCUGGAAGCAUAACUUGUAACUCCACCAAACAUGUAAUACGCUGUGAUCUAAUCCCUGGCUUUGGAAGUAGUAAAUAUUAUACUGUAGCUAGAAUGCAAAUAUGUUUUAGCUAGGUGUGCUAGCAACAGCUAGAAGUAUCUACCUACCCAUUCUUUGGACUUUUGCCUCAUUUUUUGUUCUUCUGGAAGAGUUCAAAAGCACCUUUGAAGCUCUAGGAUACACACUAUGGCUCUUUUUAGUCUGUCUGAAGUACAAAUCUGCUAACCCAAGAAAUAAUAGCUAAAUGGGACUGAAAAAUCGAUGUUUGGGAGAAGGAUUCAGCAAAUGGUCAAUUCUGUGUUAUGAACGAAGCUGCAGCAAACAAGCGACUCAUGUACUGUUAGUAAACUACACGUUCUCUCCCCCUAACACGUGAUCAACACGCUUACAUACAUCACCGUGGCAUGUUUCCGGUUAAUUUACACAUUGGGACCCUGACAGGAACAUGUACGACACGCUGCUUGGGUUUGUGUAGCUUCCUCAACACAUGGUUAAUGUAUAGUAUAACUUAAUGUUAUGUACCGAGCAUAAACAUGGUAUGUGCACUGUAUGGCUCAAACUAUAAAUUGGACAAGUAAACGUCUGAUGAUAUUCUACUCCAGAGCAUUGUGAGCUAUUUUGAAAUCCAGAUAGAGUACAUUGAAAAACCCUUGUUUUUUUAUAACAACUUCUGUGUAUAUUUCUCCCGGUAUGAACAUGACUAUGGAAUAUUAAUGCAUCUGAGAAACAGGAUAUCAAUGUAACUGUCCUUAUGUAGUUCUAAACAUCGGUAUUUCUUUUGGACCAUAGCCCCGUUUAUGAUGUUGCUUAAACAUAGAAGUAGUGGUUUUUUUUGGCUAAGAUUUGAACUUAUUUUUCUAUCUUUUACUUAUUUUUGCUGUUUUUUCGAUGAGAUGAAGAUGAGCGAGGCGGACCGGGCACAGAUGGUUUAUAUUUCAAACUUUUAUAAGAGUGUUUAUUGCUGUUAACCCUGAUAUUUUGGUUUUACUGCUAAAAUAACUAUGUUGACAAUAACAAGGAGUUGUCAUUGCAUGGUGAUUGAGAAGGAAAUAAAUCAAUGUUUAAAGACAAAUAUAUUCUAUACCAUACCAUUGAAGGCUUUUAUGGUAUAUUAGACCAGAAGUGGGCGACUGAAGACUGAAUGUGUGGAGGGAACGUUAAAGAGAAAUGUUAUGAGUUGCUUCACGACAAAAAGUACAUUUCUCAGACCUGUGUCUUACAGAACGUCUCAUUAUUUUGUAUUUGAAUCCCAGUGUCAUAUCUUCAUCGGCCCUAGAAAAUGAAGGUAUUGUUUAUAUAUGUGGCUCCGAAGGCACGUCCUCCCGAUGUAAGGGGGUGCCACUGAAAUGUUAAGGUGUUAAAUAUGUUUGCUGUCCAUCUCCAUCCAAUCUGUUGUUUCAAAAUACCAACAAAAUAAAAGGUGUUUUGGAGAUGCGGACUCCCUCAGCAUCAUUUACUUCUUAGCUUGUGAAAAUGUAAAAUCUAUUGUACAAAAGUUACGAUUAAAAACUGUUAAAUCA